AUGGACCCGGACGGCAAAGGUCCUUUUAGACCCGGCGCCACCGAUCCCCUCCUAGGGAAUGAGACAUGCGGAGAAGAGCAUCUUGGCUUCUCGGAGGCUGUAGCAAAUGCAACUACGAAUCAAUCUACGGGAUACAAUGCGUACAUGCCACAGGAAUGGGUAGUUGGGUCCACCCUUGAUCCAAGCAUGUUACAAAGAUUGCCUCUUACGUCCCCUGAGGUUGCCUUGCACACCCCCGAUCCAAGCAUGUUACCAAGCUCGGAUCUUACGCCCCCUGAGGUUGCCUUAGGUUCGCCUUUUGGAGUCCAAGAGCGAACAACUGGUGAAACGAGCAAUGAUUUAUACGAAGCAGAGGAUCACAUGGCUGCUCUUGACAAUUCGUCUCCCCUUUCUUUUUCUUUUUCUGAUUUCUCGUCUUCCGAUAAGAGUUUUGAGAAUGAGUUCGAUGCCAUGAAUUUAGACACAUCUGGACCUUUGACUGCAGGUACUUUGGUGGAAUACCUUCCUUCUUCAGGGGCUGAGGCCGACUCGAUACCUCCAACUGGGUCUCCAACCGUGGCUUUGCCUUUUGUGUGUGAUAGAGAUGGAUGCUCAAAGUCUUUUGAGAAGAAUUAUCAGCUCAAUCGUCAUUUGGGAUGGCACGACAAGAAGCUGCAAUGCCCUCUUCAUCCGGGUUGUGAUAAGCGUUACCAGUACAAAAAGGAUCUUGAGAAGCACAUCUGGAGUCACCACCAAAGUUGGGCUGAGAGUACCGGCCGUCCUCCAAUUCGAACCAAGUGCAAGAUGUGUGGGGUCAUAUUGGAGCGGCCAGACAAUGCCAAGCGCCAUAUGGAUGAAGUCCACAAGAAGAUCAAGAGAAGGCGAGGUCCAGGGGGUUAG